UUGAUAGGAAGAUAUGAAGCUCGUAAUUUUUAAUCCACUUGAUUAAAAAUAAAUAAGUGAAGAAAACACAAAGAAAACAAUUAUUAGAAAUUAAAUUAAAGUAAAAAAAGAAAAAAAAAAAAAAAGAAGUGAGUGAGCAGUUAGGCCACUCUGCUUUUGUAAAAGCAUGCGUUUAAUUUCUACGAAGGCUCCAAUUAUUUCUAAAACGUACAUGUUUUGAAGCGCGGCGUACACCUCUGUUCUGCGUCGUCUUCCUUGUUCGGACGCCUUUAAAUACACCUCUCGUGUGCCCCAAUCCUCAAACAAAAGCGAUCUAAUCCACUGCCUGCCUAGUUUAGAUUCUCUCCCAAACGAUUUCUACAAUAAUUGCUUUUGAAGUUGUUCAAAUAGAGCAGAAUUUACCGGUAAUGGCAAGGAGAUUCUGGAGCGUGGUGCGAGCAGCUUGUUCCGUACUAAGGAAGCGCGUCUCGAAGGCGAGAUUGUUGGCUGAUUUUAAGAUCUACAUGAUGAUGAAGCGAGGCAAGGUCGACGGCAAAGCCGACGUGUUUAAUCUCGUGUUCCAAAAGGCAGGGGUAAUUUUGUAAUUAAGUAAUGUUUUGGGCCGAGUCCAGCAAUGCUCAAAGGCCUAAUAAAUGCGACGCAACGACGUCGUUUUAGGGGACGUUGUAUCUGCUGAGUAUAAAUUGGCUGUCGUCAGAUUUCACCGCUUGUCUUGUCCUCAGAUAUGGACGCUUCGGAGUUGGAGACACAAACUAAUUCCACCACCGCGGCGGUGGAGGAAGAUGAAGAAGAGGAGUACGUUUUGCUUGAUUUGGAUGGCGUUUCCGACCACAUUAGCAUUCCUCCCAAUGCGCCAUACCAACUCUCUGGCCUGGACACUCCCAAUCCGAUUCUGCUGAUAGAUAACAAAAUUAAAUUGAUAGGAUAAUAUGAAGAGACAAUUGGGACUUGCCUUGUUUUUAAUCAAUCUGAUGGAUCUCCUAUUGUUCACAAAGAGACAGGGCCUUCGGAAGCCAGCCUUUUCUCCGGAAAAUACAUAAUAGAUCCGAACGAAACCCCGGCCAAACAAAAUUAGGUUCAAAAGCCCAAGGUAAAGGAAAAAAUGGGCCUGGCAAUAGAGUUGAUUGAACUGGCUGAAGGACACCGUGGGGAACUCAAGGAAAAUAGGUUUAUUUCUAAGGAAAAUACAGGUCGGGAGGUCCUCAAGACGGAAAGUCAUCAGGACGGAAAGACCUCAGGUCGGGAAGUCCUUAGGUCGGGAAGUCCUCAGGUCGGGAGGUCCUCAGGUCGAAAGGUCCUCAGGUCAAAAAGUCCUCAGGACGGAAAGUCUUCAGGUCGGGAGGUCCUCAGGUCGAAAAAUCCUCAGGACGGAAAGUCUUCAGGUCGAAAAGUCCUCAGGUCGGAAAGUCCUCAGGUCGGGAGGUCCUCAGGUCGGGAGGUCCUCAAGACGGAAAGUCAUCAGGACGGAAAGUUCGCAGGUCGGGAGGUCCUCAGGUCGGAAAGUCCGCAGGUCGAAAAGUCCUCAGGACGGAAAGUCCUCAGGUCGGACAGGUCGGGAGGUCCUCAGGUCGGGACUCUACGGCUGGACCAACAAGUCGGAUGGUUUGCAAGUCGGACCAAUACGGUUGUAGAUUGGCAGUCGCGCCAAAAGGGCGGAAGGUCUGUGGUCGGCUCAAAGAGUGAAAUAUAGUGAUAAUUUUGGUCCGCUGAGGACACGUGUCAGCAGGAGAAGGGUUGGAAGACGGUUGGAAAGGAGACGUUGUAACCGUUCGGGCGACGGUUUUCAGUACAGUUUCUCAGGGAAUAUUUAAGGAUUUGGAUCAUCAUUUGGCAAGGGAUCUUCAAUCAACUUCAACAAAGCAAAGUUAGAUUUGGGGAUCACCACUUUAAAUUUCAGUCUUUUAUUUUCCAGUUUAUUUUCUGUACCAUACAGUGUUUAGAGAUUCCUAAUCUCAGGCACUAAUUAAUCAAGUUUAAGGAUAUUUUCUAUAUCUUUGAAUUUUACUUUAUUUUUGUUGAAAAAUUACAUCAACAAAUUGGCGACCACAGUGGGAGCAAGACAAAAUUGCUCAUUCCAAUUCCGGCGACAAUUUCAUACGUCUUAGAUCCGGCCGUAUCAUCGGAAGGGUCCAUAUGGCAGGUUCACAACCUCAAUCAUCGUCGGCACCGGUGGGAGAAUCCGUUCCACCACCUAUUGUGCCAAAUGCUGGGGAAAUCCCACAACCACCAACUGAUUGGAGGUCUUAUGUUCAACAAAUGAACAACCAGCAAACUUUGGUUAUGCAAAACAUGUUGCGUGAGCAACAGAAUCUGAUGCAGAACAUGUUAGAUCAAGCACUGUCAAGGGUUAGUCUUCAACCCACUCAAACUCCACCAGGAGUAUCACCAUCCAGACUACAGGCAAAUUUCGCAGGGCCAUCAUUCGUGGAUAGUGCAUUUCCAAGUGCCACAAAUCCCAACCGAACCGAUAGGGGAAAAUCUCCUCUGACUUUUCCCAACACUGUUCCGCUGGGACCAAGGGUUUCCAGUCCGCAGCCGAACAAUACAAGGGAGGACAGGCCUGAAGGACAUAUACAUGAUCCUAUUCAUAUUCCUGUGCAGGAUCCUUUCCAUGUUCCUGAUCAUCAACGCUUUCAUGUAGAUCCUGAUGAGAUUGCACAUAUAUUAAGGGAUCAGUUUGGGCUAACUCCUCAGAUGGCUAACCGCCCUGCAUAUCAGAGACCUUUCCCAGAAAGGAUCAUUAAUGAACACCCCCUCCCAAGGAAUUAUCGACCACCCGAUUUUCAUGCAUUCUCAGGGGAGGACGGAUCUUCCACCAUAGAACAUGUUGGUCGGUUCACAGUACAAUUGGGAGAAGUUGGUAAUAACCCUUUUUAUAAGUUGCAACUGUUUGGUUUAUCUCUUACUAGAACAGCGUUUUCGUGGUUUGCAAGUCUGCCUCCUGGACAAAUUCAGACGUGGGAAGGACUGGAGAUGGCAUUUCAUGCCAGAUUCUUCAAUCCUUUACCAACUGUUUCUUUAACUGAUUUACUAGAAUUGAGACAGUACCCAGAAGAAUCUGCUUCACAGUUUAUAGAAAGGGUGCGAUUGAUGAAAGGGCGCUGUCCUACGGUAAUCAGUGAGAAAGAGAUGACCAAUUUAGUGGUCCGAAAUAUGCAUACUCGCUUAGGAAAGGCACUCACUGCACUGGAUGUUGAGGAUUUGGCAAGUCUUGCAUCUAAGGCUGGACGCUUAGAGUCUUUGUUCAGAGAGGAAGAUCAGAAUAACAGGCGUAAUAGAGGCCAACAUAUGGCGAGUAUGGGAACAGAAACAUGUGACUUUGAUUUUAAUCAGUCAGAAGAGAUGGCAGCCGAAAUCCUUUCUGGAAAACCUUAUGUAUGCCCCAAAUUGAAGCCGGUACCAGGGUCUGAAGGAAAGGAUCAACCGACGUUUGAUAGUUCGAAAGCUGACGAAAUCUUUGAUAUCCUGUUGACUGAUGGCCAGAUCCGUAUUCCAAAGGGGCAAAGAUUGGCCACUAAAGAAGAAAUCAAAGGGAGACCAUACUGUAAGUGGCAUAAUUCUUUCACACACAAUACAAGUCAGUGUACUCAUUUCAGGAAGGAAAUUCAAAAAGCCAUCAAGAUAGGUCGGCUCAAGUACAUCACUUUAGGUGUAGACCAGCAACCGUUUCCGAAAGUAACAACGUCAAUGGUUGACAUACAACCAAGUUCGGAAACAGAAAAAAACAAUUCGGCCAAUAGUGGACAAACAGGGGAACGAACUCAAGCAAGCCCCGGAACAAAAAAAGGAAGUCAGCCAAACAGUGGCCGACCGGAAGAAAGACUCAAAGUGUGUGAAAAGCCAGUCGCUGAAAAAUGGGACAAUCCAGACGGUUCUUUUAAUGUGGAGGUGAAAGAAAAGGUUUUAGUGCGUGACCACCCGACCAGAAAAACAGGGUCAGUCGGAAAUAAUUGGGCUCGAAAUAAAAAGCCUUUACCAGUUGAUAUAGAUCCUCGUUUCCCAGGUAUGAAUCGUACACAGAUUCGUAAUGCCAAACGCAGGUAUGCUGCGAAGUAUGGGAAACGAGUUCCUUCAACAAAACAACUAACCGACGAACAAAAAGCAGCCGACCAUCCGGCAGGAGAUCAGUCCAUUAGAGUCUUUUCAACAGAACAAACAACCAACGAACAGGGAGCAGCCAUUCAAUCUCCAAAAAAUCGGUCCAUUCGGGUAUGUUCAAGAAAGCAACCGAACGACGGGUUAGGCGUUUCGGAGUAUACCAAAGGAAGUUCGUCGGGACAGGGGAAAGGUAAAGGAAUAUCAGAUGAAAUAAUUAGAGGUUUUAGAUGCCAACAUUGCGAACGGAUCAACAUCAAUCCAUCUCCUGAAGAAUUCCGUAUAGAAUCUUUGACGGUUCAAUCUCAGAAUAAGACAAAGGAAGAAGUUGUAACUACAGAGGAAAAUUCGAGAUCUGUUAAAUCUCGUCUAGGGCCACGAAUCCCUUGUCGAAUGACAGAGAUUAAUCAGAUGAAAGAUGAACCGAUGUGGGCGAGUCUGUUAGAUGAUCCUACGGACGAACCUUUAUGGGCAGUCUUGGCAGAUAACGAAUUGGAGGAAACAGAGUGGGCAAAGGCUUCAGAUCCCGAGUCUCAGUCGGAGACACCUUCGAUAGUGUUUCCUCCUAUUCCAGAGGGUGCGAUCUCCCAUUUGAAACCUCUGUAUGUUAAUGCUCACAUUUGCGGGAAACCAAUCACAAAGGUUUUUGUAGAUAAUGGAGCAGUCUUUAAUGUUAUGCCAUUGAAGACUCUCAAGAAGCUAGGGAAAGGAAUUCAUGAUCUGUCUCCUGUGGAAUUCGAAAUGACAAGCUUUACAGGGCAGCCGACCAAGCCUGAAGGUAUGAUGGUUGCCACAAUUGAAGUCGGACCAAAAAAGAUCUCCACUGUUUUCUUUAUUGUGGAUGCAGAUACUACAUACUCUCUCUUGCUGGGGAGAGAUUGGAUUCAUGCCUCUCAAUGUGUGCCAUCAACACUGCAUCAACAAUUAAUGUUCUGGGAAGGAAAUCAGGUCUUCAAAAUGGAAGCAAAUGACAACCCAUUCGAUGUAUCAGAACAAGUUGAAGAGUCAGUUUUUUAUUCCAGUCAUUUGGUUCCGAUGUCUCAGUUAUAUAUGGCCAGGGAAUACCCAAACAAGGGUUAUAAAGUCACUGGCCAGAACUCGAUGUUCUAUUAAAAGAACAACUUUAUUGUAUGGCU